GUAAGACAGCACACAUCGGAGCUCAUAAGUUAAAGAAAAUCCUUGUUCACUCGCCAGACAAUCCUGGCCCCCCCGUUCCAGCCUGUAAAACUAAUGGCCUCCGAGAUGGCGGAUUUCCAUAACAUGUGGCAUGACAUUGAAAGUGUGUUGCUAGUCGAUCCACAACCACCUGUUGAAAAUUUUAAAAUGAUCCAACCCAAAGUGAGUGCAAUGACGUUCCACGAUUCUACAGGAGUUGAAAUAGCAUCUGCGAACCACAAGGAGCAGAUGGAACAGCAGCCAGAAAUCAACACUUCUUUGCUGCUACAGGAACUGCACCCUCAACAACAACAACAACUAAAGCAACAAUCUCAAAGUAACCUCGAUGACCUUAUGUUAGAACUAGAGUUUGUGCUCAGUCCUGACAGAACAAGUACUUAUACAGAAGAAAGUGGCUUUAGCACUUCGACAGAUGCUUCCCAAAAACAGAACUUUUCUCAAUUCUGCCGUCCUGCUGUGGAUACUUCUACUGAUGUUUCUGAAACACUUUGCCAGCAACUGGAUCAUCUCUCUUCUCAAUCAGAGUCUUCAAAUGGGACAACAACUAAAUAUCCGUUAGGAGUAUGUCCAACUAGCACCAUUCCACCACCUUACGGCAAUCUCUCACUGGGACACUACAGUAGCAAUAUGACUCUUAUUUCGAGCCAAAUGUCUCCACCGGCAUCUCCAGAAAGAACGGCUUUCCAGCUCCAAAAGGUGGCGUCCACAGUACUGGAUGUCUUCACUCCGGUCCCUCAAGCGGUUUCAUCUUCCUUAAUACAACCACAUCACUCUGUUUUGCAAUCUCUUAUAGCGCCGCCACCCCACUCUGUUUCCCACACACAACAACAUAUCAGAAUAGUGACACCACCAUCUUCUCCUACCUUGGUUGACCUUCUAAACGGGACAAACCAGACUAGAAAUGGGUACGUGCCAACAAUGAGUGUGGUCCAGUUGCCGAACUCAACUACUGCAAAAAACAAGAAGGGACGUCGCAGUUUAGGGCGAAAAAAGAUCACAAGCCAUUCGUGUUCCCAUCCAGGUUGUACUAAGACAUAUACAAAAAGUUCACACCUAAAAGCCCAUCUUCGGACUCACACCGGUGAAAAACCUUAUCAGUGUACGUGGAAGGGCUGUGGCUGGAAGUUUGCACGUUCCGAUGAAUUGACCAGGCACUACAGGAAGCACACUGGUGACAGACCAUUUCAAUGCCGUCUAUGUGAACGUGCCUUUUCCAGGUCCGACCAUCUUUCACUCCAUAUGAAGAGACACACUGCUGUAUAAGGAGGUGAAGAAAUUAGGAAAAUCGAACAGCUUCGAUUUUUGUCUAACCAUGACAGAUAGAGUUCCUCGAGGAAAUCGUCUAAUUUUG